GCUGGAGAUCGGGGUGGCCCGAGCGCCUCUCAUUGCUUUCCCGGCUACAGGCGGCGGUGGCAGCGAUGGGGCGACUCCGGGGCAUGCUACUGUGCCUGCUGCUGGCCGCGGCGGUGUCCACGGCUCCCUCGCCCGCUUCCACGGUCAGCUCGGCGCCCACCGAGCCCAGCCCGGCUUCCACGGAGCCCAAUGCAGCUUCCAACGAACCCAGCCCGGUUUCUACCGAACCCAGCCCGGCUUUGAGCUACCCGCAGGAGGAGGCCACCCUCAACGAGAUGUUCCGCGAGGUCGAGGAACUGAUGGAGGACACUCAGCACAAACUGCGCAGCGCAGUGGAAGAGAUGGAGGCAGAGGAAGCUGCUACUAAGGCAUCAUCAGAAGUGAACUUGGCUAACUUACCUUCCAAUUACCAUAAUAAGACCGAUACGGAAACCAAAAUUGGAAAUAAUACUGUCCAUGUGCACCAAGAAAUUCAUAAGAUCACCAAUAACCAAACUGGACAAACGGUCUAUUCUGAGACAGUAAUUACAUCGAUGGGAGAUGGAGAAGGCAAAAGAAAACACGAGUGCAUCAUUGAUGAGGACUGUGGGCCAAACAGCUACUGCCAGUUUGCCAGCUUCCAAGCCACAUGCCAGCCGUGCCAGGAACAGGAGGCGCCUUGUACCCAGGACAGUGAGUGCUGCGGGGAACGGCUGUGUGUCUGGGGACAUUGCUCUAGAGAGGCCACCAAAGGAAGCAACGGGACCAUCUGUGACAACCAGAGGGAUUGUCAGUCUGAGCUGUGCUGUGCCUUCCAGAAAGGUCUGUUGUUCCCAGUGUGUACACCGCUGCCCAGAGAGGGUGAAUUGUGCCAUGACCCUAACAGCCGGCCUCUGGACUUCAUCGCGUGGGCGGUGACGCCUCAAGUUCCACUGGAUCGGUGCCCUUGUGCCAGUGGCCUCCGCUGCCAGCCACACAGCCAAAGUCUGGUCUAUGUGUGUCAGCCGGAUGACGAUGACGAUGACCAAGAGGCCUCUGAGGAGUAUGACAAGGAUGGUUUAUUGGAAGAGAUGCUGCGGGAGGUGCAUAACCUGGAAAAGAGCAUAGUGGAUAUGUCACUUGAAGAGGUUCUGGGUGUUACCUCCAAGCCAUCAGAGAGGAAGACUUAGAGCUGAAGUUGUUGUUAGGCUGGUGCAGUUGAAGUAGCUUAUUUAUUUCCCCAGCUUGUGCCAUGGUCUCUCC